AUGGCAACAAAUGACUAUCAUUUUGGGACCUCAGGCUUAAACCUCAAAACUGACUACUUGCCGAUCUCCGAGCUCCAAAGCAGUACAUACCUAGAGUUCUGGCGAUCCGGCGACGCCUAUUUAUAUCGACGUCCCUCACAGUUUGAGCACGCCAUGGCGUCAGGGGGGAGAAUGACUGAAGGGCUACGAGUGAUCAGCUCGUAUUUCAAGCGAUCAUGGAACUAUAUGAAAGCCGAAACUGUUGCAGCAAUCAAGUUUGAUGUCAGUUGGAGGAAAGAAAUGCCCCUUUUUCAGUUUCAAAACGUUGAAGAUCUGCAAGACUGGGUUGUAGGAUCCGAUGCAGAUAUUGGAGGGCUGUCCGAAGCUUAUUGGGGACUCACCCCUCAGAAUACAGCUUUGUUCUGGGGAUCACUAUCUACGGAUAUUCCUCCUGGAGUCAAGAUAGAUCGGAGUGGAUAUGCUGGAGUGCGGUCGAAGGAGCGACCGUUGACUCUUUUCCAUCGUCCGAGAUACGACACGACUCUGUUCAGAUAUCUGGCAAUAAGAGCGAAAGGUGAUACGCGACAAUGGUUUGUUAACCUACAAACGGAUAGUAUUUAUCCAUCAUACCUUUGGCAACAUCGGCUGUAUUUCCAACGACCUGGGGAAUGGGAAGUCAUAAUGAUACCUUUUCGAGACUUUGUUCUCACGAGUCAUGGAUACGUGCAAAAGCGUCAAAUCACCAUGGACCGGUCUAAAAUUAAAACUGUCGGAUUCUCGCUGGUGCGGCAACCGGGGGAUUUCUCUUUGGAGCUGGAUUGGAUAAAGGCGGUGAAUUCGCCAAGAACAUUAGGGGAUUAUGAUAUCUUAGAUCAAGGGGAAUACAUUGACGAGCAAGGGAAUGUGAGGAGGCUGAAGCCGGGUGAAACCUUAAAGGACGUAUUUGGACCAAGUAUAACACUAUUUCCACCGUCUAAUAAUGAUAAAAAGUCGUAACCUGAAA